AACAGGAGGAAGGUGUUAGAUUUUUUAUGACAGUUUAAAAAUUUAGCAAUUAAAUCUGAUCCCAUUGUUUUCCUGAUAAACAAACAGAGACAUGGCAAAGAAUGCGAGCGACAAGCUUCCUAGCAUCCAAACGCAAAAGAGUGAGAUGCAGGUGUGUCACGACGACAGUGCACCUCCAAUGAAAGCCCAGACGAUUGACCAGCUUCACUCUCUUCAGAAGAAGAAACCAUCCGCUCCCUCAACACCCAGCAGAGGUGCCCAGGGGGAUUUCACCAGCCCCCCCACCGUCGAAGAUGAACGCCAGAGACAGCAGCUCCAAUCUAUCAGCGCUUCACUGGCGUCGCUGACAAGAGAGACAGGACCGAAGGUGGUAAAAGGGGACCUGACCCAUGUUCACCAUUACACCCCAUCUCCCAGUGACAGUGCCCUCAAAUUUACUCACGUCCUUUACAAUCUAUCUCCGGCUGAACUUUAUGAACAUGCUAUCAAGUAUGAGAAAGGAUCGUUCAUAACAUCUACCGGUGCGUUAGCAACACUCUCCGGAGCUAAGACUGGCCGGUCACCUAGAGACAAGAGGGUUGUCAAGGACAAAACAACCGAAGAUGAACUUUGGUGGGGAAAGGGCUCGCCGAACAUCGAAAUGGAUGAGCAUACUUUCAUGGUCUUUGUGAAUGAUCAAUUUCUGAACUGGGAUCCACAACACAGAAUCAAAGUCCGGAUUGUAUCUGCUAGAGCUUACCAUUCGUUGUUCAUGCAUAACAUGUGUAUCCGUCCAACUCCUGCAGAGCUGGAGGAUUUUGGUACUCCAGACUUCACCAUAUACAAUGCCGGGCAGUUCCCAUGUAAUCGUUACACUCAUUACAUGACAUCUUCAACUAGCAUAGACCUGAACCUUGCUAGGAAGGAGAUGGUAAUCCUAGGCACACAGUAUGCCGGAGAAAUGAAGAAAGGUCUGUUCACUGUCGUGCACUAUCUCAUGCCUAAGCGUGGAAUCCUUUCCCUCCACUCUGGUUGUAACAUGGGGAAAGACGGUGACGUAGCCCUUUUCUUUGGAUUAUCAGGUACCGGAAAGACUACUCUGUCUACCGAUCAUAAUAGGUACUUAAUCGGAGAUGAUGAACAUUGUUGGAGUGAGAAUGGGGUGUCAAACAUUGAAGGUGGUUGCUAUGCUAAGUGCAUUGAUUUGUCUAAGGAAAAAGAGCCUGAUAUCUGGAAUGCCAUCAAAUUUGGGGCUGUGUUGGAGAAUGUAGUCUUUGAUGAACAUACUCGAGAAGUAGAUUACUUGGAUAAAUCCGUUACAGAGAACACACGUGCCGCGUACCCCAUAGAGUACAUUCCGAAUGCUAAGAUACCAUGUGUAGGUACUCAUCCGAAGACUGUUAUCCUUCUAGCAUGUGAUGCAUUUGGUGUGCUACCACCAGUAAGCAAGCUGAGCUUGGCACAAACAAUGUAUCACUUCAUUAGCGGCUAUACUGCUCUGGUUGCUGGGACAGAGGAUGGAGUGAAGGAGCCACAGGCAACAUUCUCAGCCUGUUUUGGUGCAGCCUUUAUAAUGCUUCAUCCCACAAAGUAUGCAGCAAUGUUAGCCGAAAAAAUGCUAAAACAUGGGGCUACAGGAUGGCUUGUUAAUACUGGCUGGUCAGGGGGAAGGUAUGGAUCAGGAAAUCGGAUAAAGUUAGCAUACACAAGAAAAAUCAUUGAUGCAAUCCAUUCAGGGAGUCUUCUGGAGGCAAACUACAAAAAGACUGAAGUUUUUGGGCUGGAGAUUCCGACGGAGAUGGAAGGAAUUCCAUCUGAAAUCCUGGAUCCAAUGAACACUUGGUCUAACUCAGAAGCCUACAAGGAAACCCUUUUGAAGCUUGCUGGUCUCUUCAGGAAAAACUUUGAGGGAUUCAUGGAUUGUAAGAUUAGAACAGAUGACAAAUUGAGAGAGGAAAUCCUUGCCGCUGGUCCUAUCUUUUGAUUUAUUCAUCUUCGAGAUUGUGAGCAUAUGGUGGCUAAUUAUAUCUAUAUUUUGCUGGUCAUGAAUAAUCAUUCUCUUUUCAAAACAUAUUGUUUACGAAUUAAAUUUGUUUAAGAUGUAUUUGAUUAGAUUAUCUGAAUUGUUGCCUAUGACAAUAUUUCUCAU